AUGUUUAUGCAUUCAGACUAUCUCUUUCUUUAUCUCUCUAUAUCUCAAUCUACUAAUCUAUCUAUCGUCUGCGUAUAUCUGUCAAUCUCUGUAUCUGUAUUUGUUUUACUGCUUGUUUUCUAUCUAUCUAUCUAUCUAUCUAUCUAUCUAUCUAUCUAUCUAUCUAUCUAUCUAUCUUACUAUCUAUCUAUCUAUCUAUCUAUCUAUCUAUCUAUCUAUCUAUCUAAAUCUGGUUCUCUUUAUUUCAAAGAUAACUUUAAUUUACCUUUUUACAACUCUCUCUCUCUCUCUCUCUCUCUCUCUCUAUCUAUCUAUCUAUCUAUCUAUAUCUAUAUACGCAAUCUCUUUAUUAUCUAUCUAUCUAUCUAUCUAUCUAUCUAUCUAUGUUCACUCAACACUGAAGAUAUUUAUUUCCGAUAUAAAAACAUACAAAUAAUUUUUCAUCGUCAGACGGAAACAUUUCAGAAACAUUUCUCUUUUAAAAUACUUUAUAAGCAGAACGAAUUCUAA